AUGGAAAUAGAAUAGAAUUCAACAGUAAACUCAUAGGUUAAGCAUGAUCAAUAAACAUUUGCAUUUAAGAAUAUAGAUUUUAUUUAAAUAAAAUAUCCUCACUAUGCAGAUUUGAGUGUUAUAGCAGAAGGAUCUUUUUUCUUGGCUUUAAAAUCUUUCAAUUAACAAAAAGGCUAUUAAACAGCUAUUUUUUUGAUUGAUAGCCAAGUAAUGGGAGAAGAACAAGAUGAUCUAUAGCCUUAUGAAUAUGAUUAAGUUGACAGAUUACAUAAAUUUAUUAAAUUAGCCUUUAAAGAGAUAGAGAAUUAGUUUGAAGAUCAGCUUUUUUUUAAUUAAAACCACAUUUUAUAUUAAGAAGAGCUUUUAAAUCAUUAAGAAGAAAUUCUAUAAUUGCCUGAAAGCAUGUAUUCAAUUCAUUUUAUUGAAUACGAUUUGUAUCCUAAAGUGUACACCACUGACCAAAUUAAUAAUUUUCAAAAUAAAAUGUUUAACCAUGAUGAACUAUAAAUAGGAGUUUAUUAACAUGUUAGAAAUUUAAUAAUUGAUAAAAGACAAAAAAAAUACUAUUACGAGAAGGAAGACUUUUAAAGAAUUAGCCAAUAAAUUAGGAAAUGCCAUAAUUUAGAAUAACUGAUAAUACAUAUUCUCGAAUAUAAAAUCAGACUUGAAGAUUUAGAGGAUUUAGCAAGCGCUUUUAGCGAAUGCAAAAAUUUAAAAAUUGUCUGCCUUUAUUUAAGUGAAAAUAACAUUGAUAAGAAGUGCUUUAAUCACAUACUUCUUUGCUUAGAAAAGCUACAAAAAAUAACAAGACUAGAAUUGAAUAUUAGAGACAAUCCAGUUGAAAAAGACUCUUUUGUUGGAAUCGGAAGGGUCAUCAGGAAUUUAAAAUACUUAGAAAAUAUUUAACUAAAUUUAAGCAAGACAGGAAUAGAUUCUGAAAAUUUAGAAACGCUAGCAUAGUGCAUUUCAGAAAAUAAAAAUAUAAAUUCAAUUCUUUUCUCAGCCUACAAAUCAAAUUUCGAUAGAAGUAUGCUGGAAAUUUUAAUGAGCAAAUUUGGGAAAUUAAAUUUAGAGAAUUUCAACCUCUAUUUAUCUUCAAAUAAAUUAAAUCACUCAGAUUUUGAAAUUUUUAAUUAAAAUAUUCAAAACUAUCGAAAUUUAAAAUUUCUGAAGCUCUGCUUGUCAGGUGUUGACAACACAGAAGGAUUAAGUGAUUUUGCUGUUUCAAUAGGUUAACUUAUCAAUCUUGAUGUUCUAAAGCUCUACUUUAGAAAUAACUCUAUCUCUUCAAAGGAAAUAUCAGAAGUAGGUAAAAAUAUAGGCAAGUUAGCAGAUUUGAAACAAUUAACUUUGGUUUUAAAGAAAAAUAAUUUUUCCGAACCAUUCUUAGAGUAGUUUGCCAAUGAUUUAUCCUUAUGCCAUCAAUUAAAUUGUCUAAAAUUAAAUCUUAAUUUCUGUAAGCUAGGUUAAGAUGACUUAGUUUUAUUUACUAAAUCUCUAUAGCUAUUAGAGAAAUUGAGACACCUUAAGUUAAAGCUAAAAGAAAAUGAAAUACAUACAUAACAAUUAGUAAAUCUAUUUAAAAAUCUGAAAAAAUGUCCUGUUUUAUGCUAACUUCAAAUAAAACUGAGUAUGGAUCAUAUUGACAAAGAAGGUAUAAUAUAAAUGAUGGAUUAAAUAACAUUGAUAAAUAGCUUGAGUAGACUCAAUUUAAGGCUGAUAAAUUACCCAAACGACUAAGAAGAUUUUCUAGUUAUUGGAGAUAAAAUUAGAUAAUGGAGUAAUAUAUUAAUCCUCUAAUUAAGCAUUAAAAAUAUUGACAAUCUAAUUAUUUAAAAACUCUCUAAGAAAAUAUCUAAGGCACGUAGAGUAGUAUAAUUCUUUGUGAAAUCUUGGUGA